AUGGCGACCAGUGUCAUAACCCUGGCGUGUCUUCUCGCCACCGUGUUCACUGCUACGGCCUACGGUGCACUCGUGGAUAGGCAGACCACGGAAGGCACAGUUCGUGGCAAGGUUGUGCGUGUCAUGGACAAGCCUGUCGAACAGUAUCUGGGCAUUCCGUUCGCCGAGCCACCCGUAGGCAAGCUCCGUUUUCGGCCUCCAGUUCCCAAAAUACCCUGGCAAGGCACCGUGGACGCUACAGCUGGAAACACAGCCUGUCCUCAGGUUGCGGAGCACGCGAUGCUGAAGGGAAACCUAACCUUCACAGAGGACUGCCUCUACCUGAACGUCUGGGCUCCCGUGGCCGCGACCGACUCGGGCCCCCGGCCUGUACUUGUAUGGAUCUAUGGAGGAGCAUUCACUUUUGGUAGCGCCAAUUCGGCAAUCUAUAACGCAGUCUGGCUUGCAGCGCUGGGAGAUGUUGUCGUCGUCUCCAUGAAUUACCGUCUUGGCAUCUUGGGCUUCAUGAACGCAAAUUCUCCCGAGGCACCAGGUAAUGUUGGCCUGCUGGACCAGAACAUGGCUCUCAAGUGGGUUCAGCGCAACAUCGAACACUUCGGUGGCAACCCCGAGCUAGUGACGUUGUUUGGAGAAAGCGCAGGCUCUAUGUGUACACACGCGCACAUCAUGUCGCCGUUAAGCGAAGGUCUCUUCAAGAGGGCUGUCAUGAUGAGCGGCACCACGUACAAUCUGGACCUCUGGGACACGGUCCAGGAAAGCGUGGCAAAAGCAGACAAGGUCGCCAACGUUAUCGGCUGCUCUAAUGCGACAUACAUCGAACUGUCAUCCAGUGCCGAAGAGAUCAUAGACUGCAUGAGAAACAAAUCCGCCGACGAACUCUUCAAGGCUUCCUUUGAGAUCGCGGCACCAAAACGGGCCCCCUUUUUGCCCACGUAUCACGACGAGUUCCUCCCGCGAAAUCCACUUGUGGCCAUGAAGCGCGGUUUCUUCUCAUCCGUAGAUGUCUUAGCUGGUGUGAAUUCAGAUGAAGGAGCCACUUAUCUCCUUUUUCCUUUGGUCCUCGAGCUUUUGGCCGAAGACCUUCAAGAUUUUCCACGGGAAGAACUAGUUCAAUCUCUUCGCGCCGCAUUAUGGAGACUUCUCAGGGACGGCGUUCCAGAUAUACUAGAAACGUACAUCCAGGAAGUGGAUCCUGGUGAUAAUAAUGCGCUGAGACGCCAGUACAUCGACCAUUUAUCGGACCGAUUGUUCAACUGUCCCCUGCAGUUCUUUGCGGAAAAGCACAGCGAAAGGGGCAACAAGGUGUUCUGCUACGUGUUCGUCCACAAGACGACGAUGUUCCCACUGCCUGCCUGGAUGGGGGCGCCCCAUGGAUCAGACAUACUCUUCACGUUUGGUCACGCCUACGCAGCGGAUCCUGACUCUCCCGAUGGUCGAAUGGCUGCAGCGUUUAUUCGAGUGCUCGUCAGCUUCAGCAAAAGCGGGGUUCCAGAGAUUCCCAACGGCCAGACAUGGCCGCUGUACAGUGAGAGCUCGCCUAACAUGAUGUUGAUCAAGAAUGGCGAAUUCAACCAGACGCAGGGGUUCCGAGCAAGCUACUGUGAACGCUGGAGGCCUUUGUACUGAAUGAAUCGCU